AUGGCAUCAACGGCUCGGCAAUCGGGACCGCUAUGGAAUGCAACGGAGGACGUGAUUCUUCUCACCCACGUGGCGCGACACGGCACCAGCCAAUGGGGAGUCUUACAAGCGUCCGGUUUGCUGCCGCGUCGCGAUAACAAGGCGUGUUGCAACCGAUUUAUCGUUCUGAAGAGGAACUACCAGCAGAACCGCAUAAAGAACUCUCAAGUGGUGAAAGCACUCCUGGUUGCACUAAGGAGCAACAAUCACGUCAAGUCAUUGCCAGAACAAUCACGCGCUUAUGCCCUUCGCGCAGAUGCUUCUAAGAAACCAAUUACAUCUACUAUCUCCGCUGCUGAACAUGGUACUACAGCAUCAUCACGAGAACCAGCACCUGCACCAGCAGCACCAACACCACCAGAAGCAGCAGCAGCAGCACCAGCACUAGCACCAGCACCAGCUGAAAAGCAACCAAGUCCCAGCAUCACUUCGCAUGACUUCAGUCGAACUGCCACGGAAGUCAACACAGACGAGCGGAGGGGAGAAGCAAACGGCACAUUACACUGUAGCCGGACGUCAAUCUCCCACACUGAAGACACAAUUCCAAGGAGCACAAGAGAUGCGUGUGAAGAGACGGCACGAUAUGAGGGAGAAAAUGUCGAUAAUUCCGUGAUGGACCAUUUAUCCCUAGCAUCCCGCAUCAACCAAUCACCGGCACGCAGCAACGAAUUCUUGGCGUGCUUGCUGCAAGCUGCUGCAGCCGCACCUGCAGCACCCGUACCAACAGCAUCGGCAUCAGAAUCAACCGUACCGGAAGCAUCGGCAGGAGGUGGAGCAUUGGCCCGUGGCACGCUGAAAAGGCAGUGUUCGGGCCUGUGGGAGGGUAUUGAAGAACACACGCUGGUUUCGUCAAAGAGAAUAAAAUCUUUACCAGAAUUCUGGCAGGAGAAUGAGGAUCAUGCUGUUCUGGUUGCAGCCAAGGCGAAGGCAUACAAGGCGAGUGAUGCAGGAAUGGUGACCGUUGAAACAGCCGAGCCGACACUGUGGAGGGGGAGCUUGCUACUGGGAGCAGACAGCCUAUCCCCAUGGAUACCCUACGCUGGGCUGCCGUGGUGUGAGGGAGGAUGCCAGCACAACUGCCAGAGCUGCCAGGCAACCCAGCCAAACCUCGCUGGGCUGAGACCAGACGCCCUGCUAGACGCACUCUCCAGCGGGCCCCUCUCCAUGGUCCUUUUUGGGUUUUGA